AUGUCCUCCGUCUUCCAGCUUCGUGCCGGUGUGCAGUCCUACGACUGGGGCAAGCUUGGUUCAUCCUCCAAGGCAGCAGAAUUCGCCGCCCUCACCGGAUUAGACGUCUCCGAAUCCACGCCAUACGCCGAGCUCUGGAUGGGCACACACCCUUCCUGCCCUAGCUCUGUGCUCCCGUCUGGCCCGACGCUGCUCGAGCAUAUUCGUGCCCACCCCGAGCUGCUGGGGAAGAACGUACAGCAGCAUUUUGGAGACGACGUGCCGUUCUUGUUCAAAGUGCUUGCUAUUAGGAAGGCGCUGAGUAUCCAGGCGCACCCGGAUAAAGCGCUCGCACAGAGGCUGCAUAGGGACAAGCCCGAAUGGUACAAGGACGGGAACCACAAGCCGGAGAUGGCCAUUGCACUCACUCCCUUUUCAGGAUUCUGUGGCUUCCUCCCUCCCCAUGACAUCCAACGCAACCUCACCCUCGUUCCCGAGUUCAGCGCCCUCAUCGCUGCCCCUGCGCGGGAGGCGUUCCUCGCAUCCCCCGCGCCCGGGAAAGACCUGCUCAAGGCGGUAUUCAAGAGCCUCAUGGAGGCCCCCGAGAGCGAGGUGAGGAAGUGGGUCGGUGCUCUGGUGCAGCGGUACAGGGAGGGAAGCGACGUCAAGGACGAGGAGAAGGGCGUGCAGAACUUGGCGAUUAUCUUGGAUAGCCAGUUCCCGGGAGACAUCGGCAUCAUGUGUGUGUUUGUGCUCAAUGUCGUCCACUUGAACCCGGGCGAGGCCGUCUUCCUCAAGGCGAACGAUCCACAUGCAUAUAUUGAUGGAGACAUCAUCGAGUGCAUGGCCACGUCAGAUAACGUCGUCCGUGCGGGCUUGACGCCCAAAGUUCGGGAUGUGCCCACCCUGGUCAACAUGCUCACCUACGAAACCGCCCCGGCGAGCGAGCAGCUCCUCCCACCCCAGCCCUUUAGGAAUUCGAAGCACAGCCUGCUGUACGACCCGCCGAUCGAGGAGUUCGGCGUACUCCUCACGCGCCUCGCUGAGGGAGAGACGGACGCCUACGGUGCAAUCGACGGGCCGAGCAUCAUCAUCGUCACGGAUGGAGCAGGUGAAUUGGCAGCAGAAGGGAAGACGCAGGAAAUCAGCAUAGGCCAAGUGUGGUUCGUCGGCGCUGACGUCGAUGCCAGCUUCAAAGGCACCAAGGGAGAGCUGGUCCUCUACCGCGCUUUCGCCGUCGCUCCUUGA